AUGUCAUUGGCAUCUGCUCCAAAAAAUGAAAAAUCACGCAAACUUUAUAUACGUGGUCUUGUAGAUUUCACUCAAAAAUUAGCUGUAUGCGCAUUAGGUGCAUUACUACAUUUCUUAGAUACUCCAUUGAUAAAAUUUAAUUUACUAACCAACUUCACAAUAAUGUCAUUAAGAAUUCUUAACAUGGAUAAUUUACUUUGGCUCGGUAUUAGUACAUAUGAGUCACUACAAAUAUUUUCUGCACAUGAACACCCAUCUAUAUAUAAAUGGACCAAAACUUCAACUAAAGAAGGCCCAAGUAUUUUUAGUUUAUUGAAUCGAUGUAACUCAGUAAUGGGUUCAAAGUUUUUAAAGAAUAUUUUAGCCCAACCUACCAAAAACCUUGAUGUCAUAAAAUAUAGACAUGAAUUUAUAGAGUUUAGCAUAAAUCCUUGUAAUGAAAGUAUUAAAGAAACAUUAAAAGAUAGUUUGUAUACUAUGGUUAAUUCUAUGUCGUGUAUAAUUGAUUUUGAAAAAUCUACUAUACAAGAAAGAUUUGUAGUGAAACCAGGAUUCAUACCAGAACUUGAUGAAAAAAAAUCAAAAAUUGAAAACAUAUCUGAACUAUUGGAUGAAAUAACAUUAAAAGAACUACAAGAUUUACCUUCAUACAUUAAUGAGUGUUCAAUACGUAAAAUGCCAGAAAUUGGAUUUUUAUUGUGUCUUCCACUUUGGAAACCUUUUAAUAUGAUGACUAAAAAUGAUUAUGAAAUUCAAAAUUUGGAAUUUAAGUUUCACUUGGCAGAUAAUCUAUAUUAUAAAACUUCAAGAUGUUAUGAAAAAUAUGUGGAUAGAUUUGUACCUAACAGUUAUUAUUCUUCUAAAACAAGUCAAUCUAUCAAAAUUUUAACAGGAUUUAAUUCAAGUGGAAAAAGUAUUUAUUUAAAGCAGGUAGCAUUAAUAUCAUAUCUAUGUCACAUUGGAUGUUAUGUACCAGCUGAGUACACAGAAAUAAGUAUAUUAGAUCAUAUUCACACUAGAAUUCAGUCAAAUGAAUCUGUAAGCUUUUUAAUGUCAGCUUUUAUGGUCGAUCUAAAACAAAUAUCUGUAGCAUUAAAUGAAUCAACAUGUAGAUCUCUCAUAGUAUUAGAUGAAUUUGGAAAAGGUACAUCUGAAAUCAAUGGAUUAGCUUUACUACUAGCAAGUAUUAAUCAUUUUGUGCAUAGACCUUUAUAUUUAUUGCCUCACAUCAUUAUUUCAACUCAUUUUCAUUCUUUGCCAAAUCUUCUUCAACAAAUUAUAAAUAGCGAUAUAAUCAAUGACAAUAUAAAAUACCUACACAUGAGCUAUACAAUAGAAUGCUCAAAAAUAGUAUGCUUGUAUAAAGUAAUCAAUCAAAUAAAAAACCAAAAUAUGAGUAUGGCUCACAGUGUAGCAGCACAGAAUGGUUUACCAACAUGUAUUGUUGAAAGAGCUACUGAAGUUCUUCUAUCUAUUCAACACGAGGAAUGUAUAAGUCCAGUAACAGAAAACCUCAGAUAUAAAUUAUUUCAUAGAAAAUAUUUUAUUGAAAAAGUACUCGAACUAAUGCCAAACAACAUUACAGAUGAUGCUUUUAAAGACUUAGUAGAUGAUAUGGAAAAUAUAAGGUAUCCAUAA